AUUUCAUAAAACCACCUUGGAGAAGCCCCUCGUUUAUUGUUGCUUUUUGGCUUUUUCGGCUUUGGAUGCGUUUUUUUUAACUUUUGCAUGGCUUGCGGGAAGAAACCAAUAUUUUUUGUCUAGUUCUUUUGCAUUUUAUACCUUGAAACACAAAUUUGGAAAGAAAAUGUUCGCUGUGAAAGAAUUCAUCAAGAUUGAAGUCCCCACUCCACCAAAUACUGCACCGGAAUCGUACUGCCAGUUUUGCUACGCGACGGAAGAUUUGAUUCCAGUGUUUCCCGUAACGGCGGACAAUGCGCCCCAGCAGGAGCGCAUCGUCGAUCUCGUGUACCAACUGGUCGGCAUACAGCUUACCGAUUUGGAUAAAUUUCCUUCGUCGAUCUGUGGCGGGUGCCUCUUUAAGCUGGAGGAAUUCGAUCACUUCCGAAGGAAAUGUCUCGUCUACCGGGAUGAGAUAUUACGGGCGAGUCCCAGCUGGGAGGUACCUAGUUCGGCUGUGCUGUAUUUGAAAUCGGAAUCGAUGGAAAAGUCCGAAGCGUCUGUAAACUGGUCCUCUGAUGGGAAUGAGGGUCCAACGCUACCAAAUGAGGAAAGAGAACCCGUAAACAGCAAGAUUCCACGUUUUUCCUGGCAGGAUAAAGAACCACCAAAUAGCAAGAUUCCGCGUUUUUCCUGGGCCAAAACUGGACGUACUGGGCCACUUAUGCAGAAGCUUAAUAAACUCAGAGGAGUAAAGAACAAAAAGCCAAAGCGCAAUUUGAUUGAGAAGAAAGAUUAUCGCUGUAGAGCAUGUUUGCGAUUCUUCACGGACAAGGACAGCAUUAAUACCCAUCUGAGGACUCACCUUGACACUGUGAACGUCCGUUGUCUGAACUGUUCAAGGGGCUUCGAUACGGUUCAAGGACUAAUGUUCCACUCCAUGAGUGAAUACAUAUUGUCAUCGUUCACUUGCCAACACUGCGAUGUCCUUUUCAAAUCCAAAGAAGAGCUCGUUACCCAUGAGCUCUAUUGUGAGUUGGACCAUAGCAAGUACGAAACCACCGAGGCGCCCAAAGCUCACCAAUGUCCUCAGUGUCCAAAAAGCUACGACAAACGACAUACUCUCGAGAGUCACAUGCUACUGCACGAUCCGAAAUUAGUUUGUCACGAAUGCGGAACCGAUUUCCACUCGGAGUACAAAUUGAAGAACCAUUAUGAGCGCUAUCACUCGAAUGGGACCGCCAAGCUUGCUUCCGUUGUGAAAUGUCAACUUUGCCAGCGCGUCUUUGUGGAUGCCAGUGCCUAUCGAAGUCAUCUUACGGGAUUCCAUCAGGCAGAGCAAUCGGAACAGAUGCGCCAACUGGACGAUGAUGACAAACUAUACGAAUGUGACCACUGUGGCAAGCGGUUCUGGUCGAUCAACACCAUCCGGUAUCAUGUUCUGGUGCAUCGGCUAUACCGCGAUUGCGAUCAAUGUCCGGAAUAUUUCCGAUCGCAGCAAGAACUUCGAGAUCACAAACUAGCUGCCCAUCCGGUCAAGUGUCCGUUUUGUCCCAAGGAGUUCUUCGCGAAAAAACCCUGCAGGUCCCAUGCUACCAAGAAGCACGGAAUGGUUCAGAUUAAGCUGCUGGCAGAGGACGCUGGCGUGACAUACGAAUGGCGUAAACUGGUUUUCAAGUGUGCCUCCUGCGAGCAGGAUUACGAGUUCUAUCGGGAGCUGAAAGAUCACUAUGGCAAAAUGCAUCCGGGUGCCAGAGUUCUGAUCAAAUGUUCCUACUGUGAAAAACAUAUCAGUUCGUCCCGGAUUGGGUACCUGUCCCAUGUUACUGGUAACUGUGGACAGACACCGAGGAAAGUGAAGGCCUGGCAUUGAUCCGAACGGGAAUCUGGCAAGUAUUAUAGACUUAAUUUAAGUUUUCAUUUACGUAAAACACCAGACUGCUUUAUGUUAAGAACUUCCUUAUAUUUUUCCUAUUAAAUUCAACUGUUACAUGCA